GUUCCGUCAUUAAUUAAGGAAAAUUUAUUUACAAAAUUCAGUGUUAAAUGAUUAUUAAUUUUUGAAAAAAUCACUUAUGUAAUUUUUACUUUAAACAUUAGCUAGUUCUUAUUUUAUUUUAUUCUGUGAGAUAUUCAAAUAAAUAAUGAACUUUUGACUGAAACGCAUAUCAUAAUCAUGAAUUUUGUUAUUAGUUUUUUUUUCAAUAUAAAUUAUUGUUUUUUGAAAUGACCAUAAAACAAAAAUAUAUAAAAGAAUUAAUUUAUAGAAGUAUGGCUUAUUUUCAUAAUGAAGAUAGUUCUGAUGGUACAUUGAUUAUUGAUGAGCAAAAUGAAGAUUUUGAAACUAUUGAACUAUCUGAUGACUCUGAUACUGAAAAAUUGGACAACAUAAAUUUCAAUAAUGAUGUUGAAGUUAUUUCUUCUUCAAGUUCUAAAUGUUCUUCAUUUGAUGAUGAUUCAUCCCAUACUUGUUCAUUCUGCUCCAAGUUAUUUUAUGAUAAAAUUUCUCUGUAUGAUCAUAUAAGUACUUAUCAAGGAAGCUGUAGUACAAAUAUGUUAGGCAUUAAUGAGAGAAACAUUGAAGUUGAUUCAGAACUUGAUUGUACUUAUGAAAGAAAACUAGAAAAGUACACAUUAGAUAAAGUUCCUGUUCCUGAAGCUAUACCAUUAAGUCCUAAGUUAUCUUCAGUAUCCUGUGUUUCAAAUACAAUUAACAAAUCUAUACCAUCAUUACGUCAAAUGCUUGUUGAUGAAAUAGAACCUGAACAUCCUUGUUUAAUAUGUGGUCAAAUAUUUCGCCAUAACAUCGGGUUAAUUUGUCAUAUUAACUCUGAUCACAAAGAAGUGCAUAAUGAAAAAAAAAAUUCAAUUAUAGAAACAACUAAUAAAUCAGGAAGAAAAAAAAGAGUUUCUAAAGAUAUAAAAGUAAAAAAAAUUGUUGAAAAUCUUGAACCAUUGUCAAAUAAAGUAGAUUUAACACUUUUACCUGAUUUAAAAAAAGAUACACUUAUAAAUCGAAUAAAGUCUUAUGUUCAUAUUGUAAGCAAAGGUCAUAUUACUAAAGUAAUUUGUAUAUUAUGUAAUAUUGAUUUUAAAACUACUAAAAAAGCUAUGGCUCAUGUUGAAGAUAAACAUAUAUUAGAUAAAAUUGAAUGCGGCUAUUGUAAUAUGAAAUUUGUGUACGAGUUGAAAUUACGCAGUCAUAUGGCAAAAAGACAUAAGAUUAAAUUUAAGGUGAUUUAUAGUGAAUAAAAUUUUGGUGAAAUGUCACUUAUCAUCUUGCAUUCUGAGCGUCUUCUAACUGAUUACCAAUAAUUUAUCUUAUGAAAAUUAUUUUUUUCUCUUAAAUAUUGAAUUAUUGCAUUUUUUUUUUUAUAUUGUCAUUAAGUUUGUUCAAACUAAAUAUAGUGACAUUUCUUAUAUUUCUUAUUUAUUAUAUAAGUUUUCAGUAAAUAAGGAAACGGUUUCUAUUAUUCUCAUUGUUUGUAACAAUUUACAUAUUUCCUAACUUUUUGAACACUGUAUAUGAAGUAUGUAUAUUUAUAGUCAGAUUGGUUAGAUAUUAUUAUAUGUAUAUUGAAAUUAUAUUUAAGAAUUUAUUAUUUAAAAUGCUAAUGAAGCUCAACUGUUCUUUACCUACUGAAUUUUAUAAAGCAAUAAUGGUAUGUUUAUACCCAUGAGUUCAAUGUGCAAAUUCAUAACUUUCAUAUAUUUCUUCUCAAUUUUUUUCCCAAACCUUAUAUCAACUAUCAUAAAUAUUACCUUAUUUAAUAUAAAAUAAUCUAUUAUCAUUUCAUUUUUUUUUUUUUAUUAUUAAAAUUUAGUUACAACUAUUAUAUUUAAUGCAUAAAUUAUUAUUAUUUUUAAUUUAGUAUUUUGAAUAGUGACAUGUCAAUUUAUUGCGGUAAAAAUAAAUCGCCCAUCAACUUAUUAAGUAUCAUAUAUGUGGCUUUUCAAUAGUCUCAGUUUUUUGAUAACCAUCAAAUUGAUUUUAGUGCAUUUUCUUUUGUUAUACGUUUUUAUUAAAUUAUAAUACUAUGAAAUUUGAAAAUUAUGAAAGGAAUGGAUAUGCUUUGCUAUAAUAGCUAUCUAAAUUUAAAAAAUAUUCUCAUUGUAAGUAACAAUCGUUUUGAUUGAAAUUAGUGUUUUAUGUGAAAACUUUAUAUAAUUAUUCUGAUUUAAUAAUAUUUGAUGAUGAAAUGACGUGCGAUGAAUUUCGACUACAAUAAAUUGACUGCAAAGAAUUUGUGUGUAUUCAUUUGAACUAUUCAUGCUUAAAAUCAUUAUAUGAGCACUGUUUAUAGUGUGAUAUAAACUAUGUUUAUUUUAUUAUUUUAAAUUUGAAAAUGAUAGUAAAAGAUAUUUGUUAAAGUACCCACCUAUUUAAAUUAUUUAUAUGUUCCUUAAUACAAAAAAACUGUUUAUUUUAAAUCUAAUAUAUUUAGAUAUUUAGUUAAGUCUGCAAGGAAUAUAAAUUCUAAGAUCCUUAAGUAAUACACUAUUAAAAAUUAUUUUAUAAUUUUUUUAAACCUAAUUUGAAUAAUUUAAUUUGUAUUAAAAAUGUUAGUAUCCAAACAGAACUAUAAUAAAAUUUAUUUUAGGGUUCUAAAUAAAAAAUUUUUCCUACUUUAAAAAUGUUGUAUAUUAUAGUAAUUAUAAAUUUUUACAUUUUUGAAGGUGCAACAGCAUCUUUGCCCCGAGCUCUU